AUGGAUGUGGAAUGUUUAACAAACGAUUUUGUUAACUUGUUUUCAGUUCAGUCGCUUGCUCAGGUUCCACCCAUUCCUCAACUUCAUCGUUUACUUCUUUUCCAGAUCCAAGGUUAUAAGAGAUGUAACCAUUUCAAUUGGUUUGAUGAAGAAAUGUCACCAAGAGCCAAAGAGGUAAUAUCUGAUCCGAACAACAAGUUUAGUGAAGCAAAAGUGAAUUUAAAUGUUGCCAAGAUGAAGGAGGAUGAAAUGAAGAACAAGAUGAAGUUUAUGAAGAAGAAGAUGAAGUUAUGUGUGUCAAUCACAUUUGUCAUGUUAAUUGGUUUAGUGAUGGGUAUUGUAUUGAAGAUGAAGUAA